AUGUCGUUCGAUCAAUUCGGAACGUUCUUGCAACUGGGAGUCUAUCAUCCAAAGCACGGAGUGGUGCUGCUUUCACCAUUCAAACAGUUCGAUGGAAGUCGCUUUUAUGAUGCAGCGUAUGUGCGCUCGUAUCGCACCCAGCUCUUGAACUAUGUCGAGCGAAGCAAGCCGGGCUUCGGGCUGCAAAUUCAGGGAGAGGCUGCCGACGCAACAGUAACUACCAGGCACCCUGAUAGGAUGAUUUUGAGCUAUCACACACAGGAUGGCGUCCAAGUUCAGAGAACCGUCUCGGUUGAAGCUGAUCGUACGGUCAAGCAAACGACAGUCUUAACAACGCUGAAGUCCUCAACCGUCUCUACUCCAGUUCAACUGGAUUUAGGGAUGAGUCUGAACCGUGCUUCGUACGGUCAAUUGACCGAGGGCGGACCGAUUCCUCUCCCAGAGUCUUUGAAUCUGUUCCAAGUGGCAAAGGAUGGGAGCAGCUUUACUCUGCACAACCCCAAUCUUGAGGCAAGGGCCGAGGGCAUCUUUAGCGCCGACUUGGCAGACUUCGAGGGGAUGACAUUUUACGAUGACUGGCAGACGUUGCGCGAUGAACCCGUUCAGUGUAAGGCAACAGCUCGUGUAAAUCUCAUACCGGGUGUCCCAGUCACAUUGACACUGUCAUUACGGCUCCGAUCUCAAGUUCCUUCGUCUAGAAAUCGUCCCGGUGAUCAUGAUCUCCAAAACUCCACGUGGACUCUGCAAGAUCCGGUAGCUUUGAACAUCAUCCAUGGCAAUCUGCAGUACUUGCUGGGUAACUGCACGAUUCCAAUAUCUGAGUCCAGCACCUGUGUCAUAACGGACCAUGUUGCCUUGCCCCUAGGAUGGAACAGGGAUAACUACUGGCAGGUACGGUUCUUGAUGGAGGUCUUUCGCCAUAUAGGACGUAUCGCCGAUCCUUCCACUGCCAGGUUAUACCAAGACAAGAUCCGCACAGUGGUUAAAGGACACCUAAACUGGGUCUUCCGUGAUGCCGAGCGCCCACAGCGCCUUUGGCACCGGUCAUACUUGGCAACUGGAGUUCCCAAAGAUGGUCCGAUCUUCCAGCUGGACCAGCAAUGCUAUCCUCUCAUUGAACUGUGCGAUGCGUUGGGAUUUAUCCCGGACCUGAAAGAAUUCGCCAGAGACAUACUCCAUGAAUCGACGAUUCCAGAUAUUGUUGCUAUCCUUUGUGAAAAGAGAGACUCGCAGUGCGGAUUAUAUCCCACGGAUGAAACACCGGGCGACGACCCCGUGUUAUUCCCCUUCCAUUUCUCCAGCCACGUCCUUGUGUGGUACGUUUUCCGCCGUCUCGCAGGGCUUUUGAAAGAUCUAGGCGACACCGAUAGUCUUCAAGCAUCACGACUCGACAACCUCGCCAACAGGACCCACGAGGCCACGAUUAAGCAUUUCGUGGCCACCAACCCAAAGACCCAAACGCCCAUGUUCGCUUACCUCACCGACGGAUCGCAGGAACACGUUUUUUACCACGAUGCAAAUGACAUUCCGACAGUGCUUGCCAAAGACUGGGGGUUCUGUAAGACCCCUGAGUUGGAGAACGUCUGGACCCAGACUUUGCAUUUUGCGUUGUCUCCUGCGAAUGAUGGCGGCUUUUAUGGGACUGGACCCUUUGGUGGGCUUGGUAGUGUGCACACUCGCGGCCCCUGGCCGUUGGGUUAUUACCAGGAGCUUGUGUUUGCAGAGAUAAAAGGAGAUACGGAUGCGCGGGCCAUGGCAUGGUGGAGGAUUAAAGAAACAAGCUUUUAUGACGGGCUGUUUCCCGAAGCUGUGGAUGGAUAUACAGGACAAUGUACAAGCAAAGCUUGGUUUAGUUGGCCGGGGUGCAUGAUCGGGUCGGCGCUUCUUCAAGAUCGUGCUGGUGAGGUAUUGCCUCAAAUAAGAGAUAAAAAUGUCUAG